AUGAAAGAAACUUCAGUAAAAGAAUUAUGGAAGAAAUUGAAAGAUAAAUGCAUGACCAAGAGUUUAGAGAAUCGUCUCUACUUGAAGAAAAAGUUCUUUUGUUUCCAAUAUCGAGAAGGUAUUUCAAUAUCUAAAUACUUGAAUGCUCAUAAUAAGGUAUUUGCUAAUCUUCAGAAUUUGGAUGUUGAUAUUGAAGAUGAAGAUAAAGCUCUUUUAUUGCUAAAUUCUGUUGAUAUUGAAGAUGAAGAUAAAGCUCUUUUAUUGCUAAAUUCUCUUCCUGACACAUAUGAUCAUCUUAUCACUACUCCGUUAUAUAGUAAGAAUGAAAUUUGUUUUAAAAAUGUGUCUGGUAGUUUGAUUAACAAUGAGUACAGGAAAAAAGACAAAGAGAACUACAAUGACACAUUUAGUAACACUUUGACAGUUAGAGGUAGAUCCCAUUCAAAGUUAGCAGGCGCUAGAGUUAAUCCCGCAAAAGAUGAAUGUGCCUAUUGUCAUGAGAAAGGGCAUUGGAAAAAAAAUUAUCCAAGUUUGAAGGGAAAAAGAAAUAAUGUUUCCAAAGUCAAUGUGGGUCCAAAGCCCCAUGAAUCACUGGCAAAGUUGGCUAAGACGUAUGGCCCACUCAUGACCAUACGUCUCGGCAACAGAACCAGCGUGGUAGCCUCUUCGCCAGACACAGCCAGGGAGAUCCUCCAAAAACACGACGACGCCUUCUCUGGCAGGAUCCUCCCUGAUGCUGUCCCCAACGAGCACUUCGAGCUGGCCGUGAUCUGGUUAUCCGCGGGUGAUCAAUGGCGGAUCAUUCGCUGCGCGCUGAACACGUACCUGACGCGUCCGCAGAAGCUAGACUCGUUGCGGGGACUAAGACACAAGGCUGUGGAAGAGUUGAUUGGGCAUGUUAAAGAGAGACGAGAUCAAACAGUGGCGAUCGGAGAGUUGGCAUUUAUUACUGCUCUGAAAAUGAUGUCGAACACUUGUUUCUCUAUAAACGUGGCUGGUUUCGAGUCUGGAGAGGCCCAGGGGUUCCUGAAUAAGGUAAAAACGAUCAUGGUGGUGGAUGGGAAGUUUAACAUUUCAGAUGUGUUUCCAUGGUUGAAGCCUUUGGAUCCUCAGGGAUUAAGACGCAGAGGAAAGGUUGCUUAUGACUGGCUUCAUGCUGUGAGUGAUGGGUUCGUGACUAGGCGGCUUAAGCAUAGAGAGUCGAAUCUGCCGAGUUAUGGGGAUUUAAUGGAUUCCCUCCUUGACUACAGCCAGGAACAUGGGUCUGGAUUCGGCUGCAAACAUAUCAUAAUCUUACUUGGGGAGUUACUACUUGCAGGAACUGAAACUAGCUCCAACACAGUUGAGUGGGCAAUGACUGAACUGCUACGUCAUCCCGAUAUAACGUCGAAGGUGCACAAAGAAGUUACAAAAGCAGUAGGAGAAGAAGGAAGAAUAGAAGGAUCUAAAAUCCUUGCACUGCCUUAUUUACAUGCUGUUGUAAAAGAAACAAUGAGGUUGCACCUAUCAGUGCCUUUUCUUAUACCCCACAAGAGUGAGACAGACGUGAAGAUGUGUGAUUUUCAGAUACCAAAGAACACCCAAAUCCUUGUGAAUGUGUGGGCAAUUGCUCGAAACACUGCUUACUGGGAAAACCCAACUCAAUUUAUGCCGGAAAGGUUUUUGGGAUCUAAUAUGGAGUAUAGAGGCCAGCAUUUCGUCUUUCUUCCUUUUGGUUUGGGUCGUCGGAUGUGUCCUGGACUUCCUCUUGCUCAAAGGGUUGUGAGCUUGAUGAUUGCUUCACUUGUGUAUCAUUUUGACUGGAAGCUUCCUGAUGGUUCGACACUGGAAAAUUUGGACAUGACUGAUACUUUCGGCCUCACCUUGCAGAGGGCAACGCCACUUCUUGCUAUUCCGACAACAAGAGGUUAAACUUGCAACUGAGGCUUUAAAUCUCAAGCUGCACAAUACUUUGUGCAAACUAGCAAUGAAUAACGAAUUCUAUUUACUUUGCUUUAGGGUUUUUCUGCUUCAUGUUUCUCAGUGACACGGUUUAAGUUACUAGUUUUCGAUUUAAUAAAAGUCUCUCUUUUCUUUGUUGUUCAAAAAAAUAAAUAAAUGGCCUUAGGUCUAAAUGAUUGAUUUAUUUUGAUUAUGCGGACAUGAUUUAAUGACAUAUAUUGA